AUGAAUUUGAUUUCAUCAUUUAUUUUUGUUGCUUUACUAACAACUCCUUGUUUUUAGAAAUGCAGCUAGAAGAUAGAUGCAUUGACUAUCUAUGCCACAAAAGAUGAGCGAUUGAAUUGGAAUUUGGUCGAUGAAUUUUUUAGUGGGGCAGGGUUGACAUUCUCUUUAAGUGAUACCCAACAGAACUAGUUCAAGAUAAUAGAUCCGGUAGAAAACACAGGAGGUUCUGCUCCAUAUAUCGAACUGUUAGCUGCCUAAAAGAUUGUAUCAUCAAGAGCACUAAAGUCAAACAAAUAUUGGGUGAAUUCAUUCGUGUUUUUAAACAAGGGAACGACCUCAAUAACAUUGGGAAUAGCCGAAGGUGAGGCAGGUCAGAAUGUGGAGGCUCCAAAAUUUGAUGAGGUCAUAACUUUGAACUAAAUAACAGACGGAUUAGAUUGUUAUGAUUUGGAAUACAUCGCUGAGAAGACCUUUAUUGUGGAUUGUUCAAAGGUGGUUAAGAAUGAAGUCAAGAAUGUGUUAUAUUAUGUGAAUAAUGGAGAUUCUUUUGAAUACUUGGUGGAGGAUGCAUUAAUAGAAGCCCACCAUGGCCGUUUAUUGGGCUAAUACAAAGUAAAAGGAUAGGGUGGAAAGGAAUUCAGGUAUUUGGUAAGAGCAACUCCAUCAUAUUCGAUUUCACAAGAUGGAACUUUGAGUGGAGACUCAUUAUUGGAGGUUUACCUGUUGAAUGAUAUGGGCUAACCCUCCUAUACAGGAUAUGUAUUGGAUGGAGUAACAAUGGGUUUUUUGUUGGAUAAAUUCUAUGAUUUUGAGUUUAACAUCGUGGAUAUGAAGGUGUUGGAAAAUGGAGAUAUUUAUUUGUUGGAUGCUUAAUAUGGAGUACUUAUAGUAAACUUCGUUCCAAAUGGUACAUUCUCAUUGAAGAAAUAAAUUGAUAUUGGAAUGGGUUUUGCUUAUGCAUUCGAUAGAAACAUAUUCUUGAGAAGAGACGGCACUUACACAGAGAACAUAGCUGUAUUAGGAUAUGGAUUUGUUGAAUUGAUCGUCAAUGGUGUAUUGACAUCAGAAUACAAAUUGCCAGAGGGAAUUCAUUACACAUUCCCGGCUAAUGUUGAUUUGUCAUAAGAGUUCGUGAUUGUUAGACAAGAUGAUGCCACUUAUCUUUUUGAUAUUGAUGCAAAAUCAAACGACUUGUUACAAUUACAAGUGAUUCAAUAGACUAAUUAUGUUAUGAUUAAUCCAUUCUUGCCAGAUAUGAUAGUGUUGACUUUGGAUCAUGCUUACAGAUACACCUUAUCUUAGGGAUAUCUUCAAUACAAAGGAUCCGACGCUGUGUAAGAAAAGAAGAUGAUUGAAAUCAUAGCAACAAGUGCUGACUAAACUUGUAAGGUUCAAUUAACAUAUCAGAUUAUUGAGAGUGAUGAUAAACAACUAUAUAAAUACACUGAUAGUCUCACUCCAUUCCCAACUCAAAUAACAGAAGACACUGAGCCAUUCUAAUUGAAUGUGCUAACCAGUGGACCAAAUGAGUAAUACAAGCAAGUUGUGGAAUUGAAAGAUGAUACAACUGCAGUAACAGUUACCUUAAGAACCUAUUGGGAAUUGAAAUUCCCCAUGGAAUUACCCAAGGAUUUAUAAUUCCACGAUGUUUUAGUCGGAACACAAUCAUCAUAUUUCUUCUUGGCUCAAUAGAAUAAGGAUGGCAAAUUAACCAUUCUCAAGGCUACACAUGAUUCCAUCUUCAAUGGCGAUGCCACUUACGAGAAAGUAUUUGACAGUGUGACUGUUGGUACUAAAUUGACUAAAUCAACAUUCUAAAUGUGGGAAUGUGAAUGUCCCAAAUUCCACUUCGCUUAUGUUGAGAACAAUAAUGUAUACAUGAAGGUCUACACCAAUAAUCAAGUGAAAGAUAUAAAGACAAUCCCAUUUGAGAACGGUGUUAGCAUAUUGUUCUUAAAGAAUUAUCUGUUCCUCUUGUAACACGGAACUGUCAGUGCAUACACAGAACAUGGAGACUUUGUUAAGUCUGUUGAUUUGGAUUUAUUGGUAGAAUAAGGAUACAAGGGAACAUGGGCACCCAAGAAGAUCUUUGGUAAUAGAAAGUUAAGAGAAAAUCUUAUAUUUGUGAUUCAUCAAGAUCACAUCACUCUCAUUGGAUUUCCACACAUCAUACACCUUCAUAAAACAAAUUGA